UCUUUGGAUUUAGUUGACAAGUCCCUCGUAUGUGAAGAAACAAGGGAGAUGUUUACCGAUGGAUUGCGUAGCAUUAAUGAGCAAAUUGACCAAUUUCUUAGUAGCCACAUGGCUGUAAUGAGAUUCACUGAGAAAAGUAAUCCAAUAUGUAGUAAGAUAAUUACUGAUGGUACUAGUGCGCAUGGUUCUUGUAGUUAUGAAAAUAGUUUCAAUGAACCCGAUCAAGUGCAUGCAAAAGGGUGCGGCAAAAGGUUGAAAGGAGAAAAAGAGAAAGCAAUGACUAGAGCAAAAAAUAAAAAAGAUAGACGUUGCCACGGGUGUGGUAAAGUAGGCCAAUCACAUGAUAAGCGAAAUUGUCCGGCACUCACAAAUCUGUCUUCUACAUGCGGUGAUACAAAUUUGCAAGAGGGUAAUGAGUCAUCAAGUGAAGAUGUGGAUCUUUUUGAAGAUUAAGAGGGUAAUGGUU